AUGGCUGAUGCUCAUGAUACUGAUAAGAACAUUGAGGUGUGGAAAAUCAAGAAAUUGAUCAAGGCUCUUGAAGCUGCCAGAGGAAACGGGACGAGUAUGAUUUCCCUUAUCAUGCCCCCGCGUGAUCAGAUAGCUCGUGUUACCAAGAUGCUUGGCGAUGAGUUUGGAACUGCUUCAAACAUCAAAAGUAGGGUGAAUCGACAGUCCGUGCUUGGUGCAAUCACUUCUGCUCAGCAGAGGCUUAAGCUUUAUAACAAGGUUCCUCCCAAUGGGCUUGUUUUGUAUACUGGCACAAUUGUGACUGAUGAUGGAAAGGAGAAAAAAGUGACCAUUGAUUUUGAACCAUUUAGACCUAUCAAUGCUUCUCUCUAUCUUUGUGACAACAAGUUUCACACUGAAGCUCUAAAUGAGCUCCUGGAAUCUGAUGACAAGUUUGGAUUUAUUGUCAUGGAUGGUAAUGGCACUCUGUUUGGAACUUUGAGUGGUAAUACAAGAGAGGUGCUUCACAAGUUUAGUGUGGAUCUUCCAAAGAAACAUGGAAGAGGAGGGCAAUCAGCCCUACGUUUUGCCCGUCUUCGGAUGGAGAAGCGUCAUAACUAUGUGAGGAAGACUGCUGAGCUUGCAACCCAGUUUUAUAUCAAUCCUGCUACCAGCCAGCCUAAUGUUUCUGGAUUAAUACUUGCUGGUUCUGCAGAUUUCAAAACCGAGCUUAGUCAGUCAGAUAUGUUUGAUCCCCGUCUUCAGGCAAAAAUACUUAAUGUUGUAGAUGUUUCGUAUGGAGGGGAGAAUGGGUUCAAUCAGGCUAUUGAACUGUCAGCUGAAAUUCUGUCUAAUGUCAAGUUUAUUCAGGAAAAACGCUUGAUUGGAAAAUACUUCGAGGAAAUUAGUCAGGAUACAGGGAAGUAUGUGUUUGGCGUUGAUGAUACUCUUCAAGCUCUGGACGCAGGAGCUGUUGAGACACUUAUUGUCUGGGAAAAUCUGGAUAUGACUAGGUACGUUUUAAAGAAUAGUACUACUGGUGAAGUUGUCAUUAAGCACUACAACAAGGAGCAGGAAGUCGUCCAAAGCAAUUUUAGAGAUCCUGAAACCGCUGCUGAUUAUGAGGUUCAGGAAAAGCUGUCUCUGUUGGAGUGGUUUGCAAAUGAAUACAGACGGUUUGGUUGCACUCUUGAGUUUGUUACCAAUAAAUCACAAGAAGGUUCACAGUUUUGCAGAGGUUUUGGUGGGAUAGGUGGGAUCUUGCGUUAUCAGCUUGAUAUGAGAACAUUUGACGAUUUUUCUGAUGAUGGAGGCGUGUAUGAUGAUGAAUAG